UUCAUUUAAAUUUGACAUUGCUUCUAUUCGACAAUUAACCGAAAUAAAAUUCAAUACGCAGUUGCUGCAGAUUUGGCCAUGCAGGACGAUACACAGGAUGCCAAAGCACAGAAAUUGGCUGCGGCGCGUAAAAAGCUAAAAGAGUAUCAGCAGCGCACCAACAACAACAAUAUGGAUGAACACUCAUCAACGGUGAGCAUCGCCAGCAAUUUAUCAGAGCGUUCCGACUGUGAGUUAAGCCUGAGCAACGGCGCCGGAAUCGGAAUCCAGGCACAACAGCAGAUGCCGGAGCAACAAAUCGUGACAGCAACUGCAGCUGCAGCACCGCUCGAACCAAAUCCAACUGGAAUCGCUGCUUAUUUUGCACAGCCCGAACCGACACCAUCGGUUUGGCCCCACAACGGACAAGGUGAUACAUCAAAUUUACAGGCGAUUCAGGUGCUAAUUGCGGAGAAGGGACAACUGAAUACAGAGUUGACCAAGUCGCGGCAUCUGUGCCGCGAGCGUCAGCUGGAGCUGGAGGAGCUGCGCACCGAGCAGGGACAGACGCUGCAACGGCUGGAGCAAGUGCAGCAGCAUUGCCAGGAGCAACAACGCAGCGUGGAACAGCAGCGCAAUCAGAAUGCUGAACUGCAGCACAAUUUAGCGCUGGCAAAUGCCCAAAUCGAGGAUCAGCAAACGCAUCUUGGUGAGCUGCAGGCGCAGCUGGGUCAGCUAAAUGCACGGCAGGAUGAACUGCAGCAGCAGCUGGCGGACAAAAGCAAUGAACUGGAAAUGGCACAAUUAAAGAUACGCCAGCUAUCCGACGAGUCCCAUGUAAAUACGGAUAAUCGGGUGGAGACGCUCACCCAGACCCAGUAUAUGUAUGAGCAACAGAUACGGGAUCUACAGCAGAUGGUCAGCCAAUUGACGCAGGACAAGGAGCAGGCGGCCGUACAGUAUCAGAGCUAUGUGGCCAAUCUCAAGGAGCGCAAUUCCGAAUUGAGCGAUGAGUGUGCCCAGCUAAAGGAGCGCGAGCGACAGCUAAUCGAGCAUGUUAGUGGCCUGGAGCGCGACAUCCAAAAGAAUUUGGCAUUGCAGGCGCAAUACAAGGACGCGGCCAAGGAGGCAUCCCAGCCAAAGCCAGAACAGCCGGAGGUGUCAACAGCGCCAAGUGCCGAGCUGGUAGCGCUCCAGGAGCGUAUAAGCGAUAUGGAAUUUGAGCGACACGAGUUCCAGCUAAAAAUCAAAUCCCAAGACGACCAGUUGCAGUUGAAGGAGGAGAAACUGAGUGAGUUGCAGCUGGAGUUGCAGCGUUUGCAAACCAAUCAACCGGAUCAGAUUAAAUUGCUGGCCACGAUGGAAUCGGAUAAGGUGGCCGCAUCGCGUGCCGUUAGCCAGAACGUGGACAUGAAACAGCAACUGGACGAAUUGGAGCAGCGUUUCGUUCAGCUGACCAAUGACAAACUGGAGUUGGUCAAUAAACUAGAUGCCGAGGAGUUUGCCAAUCGCGAGAUGCGUUCCAACUAUGCCCAAAUGGAGCAGAAGUUGCACGCGAACGAGGAACGCUUCAAGUUCAAGGAUGAGGAAAUGAUACGACUCUCGCACGAGAAUGUCGAAUUGCAGCGCAUGCAGCUGAUGCAACAGCAGCAACUGGAUAGACUGCAGCACUACGAAGUAUGUGGUGGGGCCAAGGUUUAUCACAACCAACAGAAUGCGAAAGAAUCUGAGGCAGCAGACGGUGCUGUGGAGGCGCACGAGGAGCAUGAUCAUCACGAUCAUCAUCACGACCACGAGCACGAGCACAAUCACCAUGAGGAUCACCAUCAUCAUCAUCAUCAUCAUGAUCAUGAUCAUGAUCAUGAGCAGCAUUCCGAACAAUUGUCGUCCAACUGUGAGACACCGUUGCUGCCCACAGCUGAGGCUGUUGAGAAAUUGCAAUCACGCUUUACGACACUUAUCAGUCGCGUGGCGGAUCUGACCGAGGAGAAGCAGAGCCUGGAGCAUCUGGUGUUGCAGCUGCAAAGCGAAACAGAGACCAUUGGCGAAUACAUUGCCCUCUAUCAGACACAGCGACGCAUGCUGAAGCAGCGUGAAUACGAGAAGGCCACACAGAUGCGUCUGCUGCAAGCGGAACGGGAACAGCUGCGCGAAAAGAUCGAUGCACUCAAUCAGUUGGUGGGCAGUCUGGGCUUGCCAGCCGACCACAUGAAGCCAGACGAAACGGAACAGCAGAAGGAGCAGGAGCAACAGUUACCCGUGGAGAAUGAGAACUCGCAAGAGAUAAUCAACAAGAUCCAGGACAUUAUAACAGAAAUUAAAGUGAAUGCGGAACAGUCGCCCACAUCGUUAAUAAAUCCGGCGCUGCCGCCUGGCCAAGUUCGUUGCUGUCAGGGCAAGUUUGAGGUUGUCUGAGCAUAGAUCGGCGAAAUAUAUAUAGAGUAUAUAUAUGUCAACAUAUUGUAUUCAAAGUGCAAUUAUUUGUUAGCCUGCUGUCCGCUUUGACUCAGCCUGUGUCUGUAGUUUCUUCUACACCACGCCUCUUUUGUAUAUGUUUCAUAAAUAUCAAUUUAAUCAAUUUGUCUGGGGUUAUAAUGCUAUUGCUCUUUACAUACAAAUAUAAAAUAUUUAAACUUA